AUGACAUUCGUCGAACGAUAUUUAACUGCUACCGAUAAGUGUUAUGUACAAAGCUUGAACGAUCCUGAAACAGAACCGUACAAAUCGAAAUAUGAAGCGAGAAAACUAUUCGACGAACUGUAUGACGCGAAUGUCGAUGAACAAUCAGAUAUUUUAGAAAAAGAAUUGUACAACUUAGAUUUAAUUGAAGAAAAUGGCAGACAUAAAUUUAUCCUUAUCAAACCUGAUGAAGAAUGUAAAGAAACAUCAGUUUCCGAGAAACAUCGUUUUUUGAUCCGUCUACUACUUGACUAUCAUGUUGGCACCAUUUACAGUGAUACUGAAGAAAAAGCGGAGGGUGAAUCUCGUCUACGACAAGUUUUAACAUCCAUCGAAUCAGCUUCCACUCACCCGCUACUUUCAUCUCUCAAUUUGAAUCUACUCAAUCAAUUAAUUCUUAUUCGGACAUCCUUCGAACAGUACACUGAUGCUAUCGAAAUAGCCAAACGAGCUGAAGAUCUGUAUAACAACACAACUUCGACUGUGCCAUAUCUUUUGCGAGAGAUUAUUCACAUUGAUUCGUCGCUUCAACCCAAUGAUCGUCGUGACGAGUUCGAGCAAGUUUACACUCAUACUUUAUUUUACUUGGCACAAAUCUAUGGUAAACUAAAUCAGAAAAAUCUAUCGGCUGACUAUUGUCGUCUGACGCUUGAACGUCAAUUAUCGAUGUUUAAUAUAGCGCAUAGUAAACAUUUUGAUCCAUUCGACUGGGCAACUAAUUGCGCGACACUGUCUCAGUAUUAUAUGACAAAUCAUGACUAUGCCACGGCAAGACAUUGUCUCAUGUGUGCUGAUAAAAUGUUAGGCAAUGUUCAAACCGCUGAUAACGACAAACUGGCCGAGCGAGUGGCCAGUUUCAAACGCUGUUGGAUCAAAUAUGCGGUGAAUCUAUUAGGUGAUUCAUCAGAUCGUCUUCUCCAAGCAGCUGACCGUGAUGUCAAUCCGAACGAGAUCGUUCGUUCGUGUUCAGUUCCAAAAUUUCAAUUCCAACUGUCACUUUCAUCACCGCCCAUUACAUGUUCCUACAUUCUUGAUUAUGAUCAAGCUCGACAAGUUUUCCUCUUCGCUAUGGACCAAAUCAAUGCCUCAAAAUCGUAUUAUGUUCUCGAUGGUUUCGUUACUGAUCAUGCGGAACUAUGCCAAGACACUAGUCAACUAUUUGCCAAAUUGAUCUUUUUCGAAUCGAAUAUCGACCGCAAAUGUAAAAUGCACAAGCGUCGAAUUGACUUAUUAUCAUCACUGUGCAAGGAAAUUAGUGAAGAACAUUAUUUAUAUUUGAUGCGACAAUUGUUAUUUGAAUUAGGCGAAUGUUAUUCUGCUUUACUCGAUCUGAAAAUCGAACAAAAGCAUGAAAUGAACUCGUCGAAAACUGCAGAUAAACUUACGCAUUUAACCCAACUGGGAAUAGAAACAUUCGAACGUUUUCUUUCGACAAUGAAUGAUAAGAAAACGAAAAAGAUGCCGGACACUUAUGCCGACGAAUAUGUUCGUCCAGUUCUACUAGCACACUUUUAUCUCGCCAGAUUCUAUUCGAAAUUCGUCAAUGAUCGUCCAGAGAACCUCCAGCAAAGUUUGAAUCAAUAUAAAACUAUUGUUGAUUACGUGGAAAAACAUCCAAACACUUGUGAAUAUGUCGAACAAGAAUAUCCGAUUUGUAAAGAAAUGAUUGAGUUAUUACCGAUGAAAAUUGAGAAAUUACGACAAAUGAAAUAA